AGCAGCGCAAUGCUUUAUGGGUAACUUUAGGCGGUUAUUUUGAAACGGACAUGUCGCAUCGAUGUUCUUUGAAGGGAUAUUUUGGGUUUUACUUUAUUACUAAACCGGUGCAGUAAAUAUCCAGCAUUUUCCUACAGUCACUACUUACCCUAUAAAAUUUCAAUAUGCCUGAGGAAAACUCUGAUAAAACCAUCCCUGUAAAGGUGGCUGUUCGUAUAAGGCCACUGCUACACAAAGAAAUCAGCGAAGCAUGCCAAGAAUGCAUUUCAGUAACUCCUGGUGAACCCCAGGUUAUCAUGGGAACAAACAAAGCCUUCACAUAUGAUUACGUAUUUGGCAAGUCAAGCUCACAGAAAGAACUCUACACCGAUGUUGUCACACCUUUGCUGGAUGGAUUCUUCAAAGGGUACAAUGCUACAGUCCUGGCAUAUGGUCAGACUGGAUCUGGAAAAACACACUCUAUGGGUACAAGCUUUACUGUUUGCACAAGUGAUGAUGAGGACAGCCAGGGUGUUAUUCCAAGAUUAAUCCAAGAUUUAUUCAGACAUAUAGAGCAGGAUAAAUGUGAAUACUCCCUCAAAGUCUCAUUUCUUGAGAUCCACAAUGAAGAGAUCCAUGACCUUUUAAACCCAAGCUCUACAGAUGAGAGGAUUACCAUAAGAGAAAGCUGUGAAGGUGGAAUAAAGAUUGCAGGACUAAUGGAAAAGAAAGUUGAUUCAGUGCAAGAUAUGGUUCAAUGUCUUGAGCUAGGCUCUGCCUCUCGCGUCACUGGAGCAACAGCAAUGAACAGCCAAUCCAGUAGAUCACAUGCUAUUUAUACCAUCAUUAUGGAACAGCGAGGGGAAGGGAUAGAUAGUGAUGUUAGGAAAGCCAAAUUCCAUUUAGUUGAUCUGGCAGGAUCAGAGCGUGUAAAAAAGACAAAUGCCCAAGGGGAGAGAUUUAAGGAAGGGGUAAAUAUCAACAAAGGCCUGUUGUGCCUCGGUAAUGUGAUCAGUGCUUUGAGUGACGAGCAGAGGAACCCUACUUCACAUGUGCCAUACAGAGACUCCAAACUGACAAGACUUUUACAAGACUCCCUUGGCGGUAACAGCAACACGCUAAUGCUAGCAUGCGUAAGUCCUGCGGAUAGCAACUACGAGGAAACUCUCAACACAUUACGCUAUGCCGACCGCGCAAGACGCAUCAAGAACAAGCCAAUCAUCAACCGCGAUCCGCAGUUAGCAGAGAUCAUGAGGCUGAGACAGCAGAUUGAAAUGCUUCAAGCCCUACAAGGUGGACAGCUCAUCAAUGGAUCUCUGACGUCAGAUAACGACACAGGGAGGGUCAACACCGAAGAAAUGAAAGACAGAAUCAAAGAACUAGAGACUGAGAAUACGAAGCUGAGUCGCGAGUUGCACAACUUUGUCGACCAAAACACGCACCUUCAAGAGAAAGUGUUGCUGCUUGAACUUACAAAAGAAAAGAUGGUGAAGACAUUCGAGGAAAUCCGACAGAGAACGGGUGAGACUGCAUUUCCUGAUGCCACAGAUGAAAGGGAUGAUGAACAGGAGGACGACGAGGGCGACAUGACGAUGGCUCAACUGCAGUCCAAACUCGCCGAGUUAGAGAGAACAAUGCUAACUGCUCCCGACAACGAAUCCAUCUUACAGAACGAGAGCCACGACGCGGAGACAAUGGACACGAUUGACUCCCCAGCGUCGCCUUUGAACUCGACCUACGACUCCCAGCAUGCUUUGCGGCAGGCGGAGCUAGGUCGCCAAGUUCAGGAGCUGUCCAAAGCACUUUCCCUCAAGCAGGAAUUGGCCAAUAAGAUCAUGCAGAACGAAGGAACAAUGAACAGCAAGAUGAUCAAACAAUACGAGGAUACCGUGCGUGAGUUAGAGACAGAGAUCUCCAAGCUAGAGGAAGAGAAAGCAAAGCUCGCAACCGCGCUCGCCACCGCCAAGACGGCUGUCCAUUCUGACAGUGAUGGAAAAGCGAAGUCCCGCAUCAAAGAGUUGGAAGCGAAAAUCGUGGAACUGAAAAAGAAGCAGGCUGAGCAGCAGAAGUUACGUCGUCUCAAGGAGCAAAGCGAUUCAAAGAUCACUCUUCUAAACAGCGAAAUUCAGAAUAUGAAGUCCACAAAAGUGAAGCUGAUGCGGCAAAUGAGGGAGGAGUCUGAACGCUUUAGAAAACUGAAGCAGGAAAAGGAAAAAGAAAUUCUUCAAUUGAAGCAGCAGGGUCGUAAACGACAGUUCGAAUAUAGCAAGCUUCAAACCAUGCACAAGAAACAGCAAGCUGUGCUGAAGCGGAAAACCGAGGAGGCUAAUGCUGCAAAUAAGAGGCUUAAAGAUGCCCUUCAAAAACAAAGAGAAGCCGCUGACAAGAGGAUGAGUCAACAGAGCUUGCAAAACAAGCAGUCAGAAGGGAUGCUUCGCAGAAUGAAAUCAUGGUUGAGCCACGAAGUCGAGGUUCUUAUCAGUGUGAAUAACGCGAAGCGAACACUAGAGUCGAUCAUCGAGCAUCGCAAGGAGCUGUCGCAAGAGCUUGCUUUCCUGAGAAAUCGACAGGAGGAUGAAGAGGAGCAACCCCCGAUGAAGAAAAUUCUCCCUUCGAGAAGAAAGACAUUCGAUCUCACUGGUGACGAACACACUGACGCCAGGAUCAAAGAGCUAGAGGCAGGGAUGAGGCUAAGGAGUGUUCAGGUCCAAGAAUUACAGCAAAAGCUGCUGGAUGCAGAGAACGGUGACCGAUCAAAACAUCGAUGGAAUAACAUCCAUACCAUGGCGGAGGCGAAGGCAUGCUGUCAAGUGCUUUUACAAAUGACCAUCGAUGCCAAGCUGGAGGAGAUUAAAUUUGAAGAACAGAUCAAGGAGAACGAGGAAAACUUGAAAGAGUUCAGACUUCUUUCCGAGAACGCCGCUCAGAGGCUUCAAGAGGCAAAAGAACAUCUAACUCGACAGCAUGACUUGGCCAUGACCCACGUUCAGAAAGACCACGAAGAUAAGAUUCGCGUUUUGCUCCAGCAAAUUCCUAGCGAAGAGGAAAAGGCAGAGAUGCAGCGGGUUCGCCAGGACCUUGAAGAUAAGAAAAAAGAGCUUGAGAGGCUUGAAGUGCUUCGUCAAGAAAACGAGAGUCUCAAACAGCAAAUCUCAGACAUGGUGAAAGUUCUUGAUAAUGGCACUCCGGAACCCGAGGAAACAGAGGCGCUAGAGGUCGAUAUGAUCGACGCCGAGGUCCUGAGUGAGGCAGAUGACGUGCAGGAAGACCAGGAGGACAACGAAGACGAAGAGGACGUCGAAGACGAAGUGGACGAGGAAGAACAAGAGGAGGAUAAUGCGUCUGAUUACGAGGACAACAUCGAGAAUGACCCGGACUGGAAGCAAACUCCACGGAUAACCAGACACUCUUCAAAAUCACGAAUUUCGAUCGUGGCGCAACAGUCUGGCGACGGGGGAUGUACUUGCAAAGGAAAAUGCAAACGCAAUUGUAAGUGUAGGGACAGUGGACUUGGAUGCGCUUCUCACUGCAGUUGUCUACCGGGGAAGUGUGCUAAUAUUCCUAAGGCCCCUAUGACGCCCAUGUUAUUCGAGAGUCCUGAAAAUUCACCGGAAGUGCAUACAACCGGAAACAAUAAACCCAGCGAACAGCGAAGAGUCCUUACGGAAAAACAACAUGAAAACAUAGUCGCGAAUACCAAGCGAGAAUCGAAUUCCUCUACACUAGAACAAAAGAACAAAAAAACAUCGCACUUUUCUUGGAAAACGCCUAAAAAGCCCAGCAGCGCGUCCACUUCGUCUCUGAACUAUGGCAGUGCCCAAAAGACAGCAAGAAGACGGUCUGGUCUCUUGUCCAAGAAACCAGGGGUUAGGUCGAGUAGCUCAAAGGGUUUCAUGUCUCCCCAUAGAUCAGUGCUAAGAACACCAGGCUCCGGUUGUACGCCAUCUAGGAGUAUGCUUCCUAAGGCACUUUCUAAAGCGAAGAGAGAAUCAAAAAUCGAGGGAAAAGCAGAGAAACUGAAGAAGAGAAAACUGCAUAACCCGACCACUUUACCCAACUUUGUAUUUUAAUUAUUACUUUGUAUUUUAAUUAUAGAUGUAAAUAGCGAUGAAGUGAGCAAUUGUGUGGAGGAUUGUGCAAAUGGUGUAUAUUAUUAUGUACUGAUGUAGCAGUAUUUUGUUAGCACUCUACAAUAAAGGUAGUUAGAUACA